AAUGCUUUUCCCUGAAAUAAAUGCAAAAUUGAGAACAGAUGAAAAUUUUAUUAAUUAAGAAAAUGAAGAGCAUCAUAUUAGAAGAUCAAUUUUUGAGAGAAUAAAUUUGGGAAUGGUAAGCCAAUUUCCAUUAGAUUAUAUGCACUUAGUUUGCUUGGGAGUUGUAAAAAAAAUGCUUCAAACUUUUAUACAUGGAAGAAUCAAAGCAAUAAAAUUUAAUUCUACAGUUAUACAGGAAAUUUCAGAAGUUUUGUGUAAUAUAUCUACAUGGAUACCAAAUGAUUUUGCACGGAAGACACGUAGUUUAGAAGAGUUAGACCGUUGGAAAGCAACGGAAUUAAGAUUAUUUCUAUUAUAUGUAGGACCAGUUAUACUUCAAAAUUACUUGCCUCAAAAUUAUUUGUUGCAUUUUAAUUCUUUACAUUGUGCUAUUAGAAUAUUGUGCCAUGAAAGUGAUUGUAUUAAUAAUAAUGAGUAUGCUAAGGAUUUAUUAGUUUAUUUUGUUGAAACUUCAAAAAUAUUGUAUGGAAAAGAUUUUAUUAUUUCUAAUGUUCAUAAUUUAAUUCAUAUAUCUGAUGAUGUAAUAAAAUUCGGACAUUUAGAUUCAUUUAGUAGUUUUACUUUCGAAAAUUUUUUAUAUGAAAUUAAAAAACAAUUGAAAAAAGGAGAAAAACCUCUCGAACAGUUACAUAAUAGAAUAGUGGAACGUGUUAAAAAUAAAAAAACUCGACAUGAAUAUUUUUCAAAACCUCAAGUAGCUCAUUAUAAUUCUAAAAAAUCUAAUGGAACGAGAUUAGCAUAUGAUUACAUUUUUUAUAAAAUAUUCAAAUUGUCACUAAAAAAAGAGUCUGAUAGUUUUUGUUAUUUAAAAAGUAAUGAUAUUUUUCAUAUUAAAAAUAUUUAUAAGUAUAAUAAAGAAUCUAUUAUGCAAGGAAAAAUAUUAAUAAAUCUAUGUAAUCUUCCACAUUAUCCCGUCAAUUCUGAGUUAUUUAACAUAAGUGUUGGAAAUGAAUGGUCCAAAUUAAAAAAUUUUUCAAUUGAUGAAAUAAAUAUGAAGGCAAUUUGUAUUCCAUACAAGAAUUCUUUUUGUUUCUUUCCCAUAAUUCAUUUAUGUGUAUAAAAUAAUAUAAAAUUAUGUCAAAUUGUGUCUUAAAUGUGUACAUAUAAUCCAUAAUAAACUAAGAAUUUA